AUGUCCACCAGUUCCACCACAUCCACCAUGGCUCCCAAUAAAGAAUUUACCCUCAUCGUGGCUGCCACCAAUAGAAUGGGAGUCGGAAAGGGAGGUGGGCUUCCAUGGACGGGGUUGAGAAAGGAAAUGGCUUAUUUUGCGAGGGUUACUAAAAGGGCUGGUCCUGGGAAAACAAACGCAGUAGUAAUGGGGCGCAAAACCUGGGAAUCAAUUCCUCUCAAAUACCGACCACUAGCAAAACGAGCAAAUUAUAUGAUUAGUCGAACACAAUCCUCCAAUUCCUCGGACAUCGAUCUCGGUCCCGAUGCGCAUGCAGGGACAAGUUUGACGGACGCACUCGAGAAGCUAGAAUUCAGGACCCAAUCAAAAGAAACGAAUAAUGAGAACGAGAAGGAAAUCGACCGAGUAUUCAUAAUUGGGGGAGGACAAAUAUAUACGGCAGCAUUGGAAUUGAAGCAGGCGAAGAGGAUAUUAUUGACGAGGAUUUUGGAGGAUUUUGAAUGCGAUACAUAUUUUCCGGUGGAGCUGAAGGAGGAUGGAACGGGGAAGGAUUGGAGGAGGAGGGAUACUCAAGCACUUCGAGAAUGGACUGGGGAGGGAGAGGAUGUGGAGGGGGUGAAGGAGGAGGGGGGCGUCAAAUAUAUUUUCGAGAUGUGGGAGAGGGUUGAGGAAUCAUGA